GACCUGACAGUUGCAGCAGCGGCUGCGAGGAGCGUUGGAUUGUGGGUAUCUUGAAUUUCCUCCUCAUAGAUUUCAACAGUCAGCUGUUGCGGAGAAGUUUUUGACAGGUUUUGAGGGCUGCUUUGAGGAAGUUUUAUUUUUAGUGUCCGACUGGGGCCAGAAGCUGCCGCGUCGACCCCCCCGGUCGUGUCGUGAGGAAAACUUUUUGGGGUCUGCCCUGGAACCGCGGCCGGAAUGAGCCUGAACGAGCACUCCAUGCAGGCGCUGUCCUGGAGAAAGUUGUACUUGAGCCGAGCUAAACUCAAAGCCACCAGCCGCACGUCGGCUCUCCUGUCGGGUUUCGCCAUGGUUGCCAUGGUGGAGGUGCAGCUGGAGCCGGAUCACGAUUAUCCCCCCGGACUGCUGAUCGCCUUCAGCGCCUGCACCACGGUCCUGGUCGCCGUGCACUUGUUCGCCCUCAUGGUCAGCACCUGCAUCCUGCCGAACCUGGAGGCCGUCAGCAACGUCCACAACCUCAACUCGGUCAACGAGUCUCCCCACGAGCGCAUGCACCGCCACAUCGAGCUGGCCUGGGCCUUCUCCACGGUCAUCGGCACCCUCCUCUUCCUCACCGAGGUCGUGCUCCUGUGCUGGGUCAAGUUUCUGCCGCUCAAAAACAAAACGGCGGGCCAGAACGCCACCAUCAGCUCCGGCGAGGCGGCGGCCAUCGCGUCCACCUGCAUAAUGGUGCCGUUCGGGGUCGUCUUCAUCGUCUUCGCCGUCCACUUCUACCGCACGCUCGUCAGCCACAAAACGGACCGGCAGAUCCGCGAGCUGGACCAGGUCAUUCAGCUCCAGAAGCAGCUGAAUCACGGCGCCGACAACGACGAGCUGAAGGCGCCUGCAAAUUUCCCAUAACUGUAACUCCUUCACCGUCACUUUUCAUGUAGAGUUCCUUUGUAAAGGCUUUAUUUUUAUGUGCGUAGAACGUGUUCUGGGGAGUUCGAAGGUGUGAGCGCCACCUGCUGAUUGCUGCAUGUCACAGCUCGGUCCUCUGCCACAUAUUGCAUGUUUACAGAACUUGCUUCACUUUUAUACUGCGGGGAAUUCAUUUUGUUUUAGUUGGCAACGUCCUAACGAGAUACAAUCGAGUGAUCUGAGUUAAAAUUUCAAAAGCGUUGACUUGCUUGGGUGAUUUUACCCUUUUUAUUUGCUUUGUUAUAUAGAUCUAUACUUUAUUCUAGCAACCGUUUGUUUAUUUGUGACUGUAUAUUUUACUGUAAGUGUUUAAUUGUUCAUGAGGGAAGGCUCAACGUCGGCUUAAGAAGGCGAGUCUGAGGUAGAUAAAAAAAAAAAAAGAAGAGAAAAUGGCAGAUGUUCUAAGAUGAAGACGGGAAUAAGGCAUAUCGCUAUUUCACACAGAUUCAGUACCUCAGGAUUUAUGCCUAAUUUAUACCUCUGCUAAAGCACCCAGUGUUGUUUUCUUCUUAGUUUAUUUGACUUCAAUAUGACUUAGUUUCUGAAUGCUUUGUUGCCAAACUUAUUGAACAGGAGAAAAAGUUAUCAGGAUCAAGCUCUGGGAUUCGCAUAUACCUUUUUUUUUUAAUGCUAUGAUGUCCUGACAUCACCAAAGAUCAUUUUUGAAGAAAGAAUUUCAACAGUAUUUGUCCAAAAAAAAAAAAAAAAAAAAAAAAAAUGCCAAAAAGUUCUUCAGUAUUUGCACGGUAAAUAGAGAUGCUUUGCUAGGAACGUACUGACUUCUGUUUGAAGAGCAGCAAAGUAAAUGACCCUUGGCCUGCCUAUCGACGAUAAGGGUUGGCUCAUUCUGAUCUGAGACCUAUUGAUUGAUCCAUAUUUAAAAUUAAACUUUAAAUAGCUUUAAUAUUGCAAUAAGUACAUUGUUAUGGGAAAAAGUGUUUUAUUUUUGUUUUUUUUCCACAGGGAAUCACUUUAUUUUAAUUAAGAGUGAGGUAUAAACCCAUUAAUCUUCAUUUUCUCAGUACCAUACUGUUGUUGUUUUUGUUUUUUUUAAAUCAAAUUUACUGUAAACCCAGAACUAGUGACUGGCUUUAGAGAAAAAACGUUCUCGAACAACUUUUGCGCAGCAUCAAAUUAUCGAAAGUGUUAUGUGCGGGUUCGUCCGUUUUCUACUUUUUACGCAGUAGUUUACGAGCUGGACGGCAGCGUGUGGUCUCUGUCGCAGAUAGCAUCAGGCGUCUGCGUUCUUUCAGUCCCACUGCACUGCGGUGAAUCCUUGGCUGAAACUAUCAUUGUCUCUCUGUGACAAAGCUGCAUGAGAUAACAUGAUUACAAAGGUUUAAAUAUUGCACUUUGAAUUCUAAUGGUGACGCCACAGUUUGUUGGGAUAUUGUUACACUUUUACGCUGUAAUUUCAUUAUUAUACUCUCAGUUGUGUAUGUGUUGCUGACAACCUGCAAUUUGUACAGAGCUUGUGUGUUACUGUCAUGCUGGUCAUUUUAGAGUUCAAAUGUUCUUGAUCAGAUUUUAUUAUCACUUUGUCAUUUAGUCAAACACCAACAGCAGACAGGAAGACACCAGUGCCUUACCAAGUGUCUGGUUCCAAGGGAAUUACUUGUGAUCAAAUCAUAAGGGGUUCUUUCAUUGCUUCCACUUUUCUUUAAAAAAAAAAAGGCAGCAAUGCAAGGUUCAGGAUCUGUUACUAUAAUGUAAUGAUGUAGUCCAUGCUUUCUGGUUUCUUUUUGAGCUUAUUUAUUAAAUCGAGUGUGUGCUGUUGUGUGUUUGAGAGCACCGCUUAAAGGUACAGUUCAUUAAAUGCAGCGCUUCCAGUUUUGCUUGUGUGUGUUUCUGGCAACCUUUGGAUCUAAGAUGUGCGUUCCGAGUUUGAGAAUAAAAUCUAUUUAUUUUUUUGCA